AUUAAUUAACGAAAAAAAGUGUAAACAAAAAUUAGAGAAAAGAAAAACCAAAAGUCUAUUCUCACAGCAGAUUCUCGAUGAAUAGCCAGAAAAAAAACCAGAAAAACGGUAAAGAUAAUCAAAAAUUUUCUUCUCUCUUUUUAAUCUCAUUGAUUAAAUUGUUAUCAAAUGGUUUAAAUUGUUAUUGUGAUACGAACAAUUAGCUAGUGAUUUAGUUAAUUUAUUAAUACCAUAAAUUAGAACGUAAAAUCUUUAAAACUGUGAGAUUGUGAUCCAAUUGUUUACAUAGAAUAAGAAAAGAAAAAAUUUCCAACAUUUUCAUGUAAUUAAAUUGGAUUAUCAACUGAUUUAAUUUGGGUUCUCUUUUCCAACAAUUCUAAUCUCUUUAAAUCCUUUACAUUUAUAAUUAAUUGUAAUUUUCGGUGUUACAAAUUAACGACAAUAUCUGAACAUAUUGUCCUCCCCUUUUGUUUUGUUUCUUCUCUUCUCUAUCUUUUAAAAUUCUCUUUUUUCUUUCUCUCUAUUUUCUGUUCUAUUCUAAUCUCUGAGUCCUAGUCUAUUUUGUUUAUUCUCUUGUUAUUGUUUUUUUUCUCAACUGUACUUUUCUCUUGUUAUCAUUGUGAAAUAAUCCAGAGAAUUGUGGUGAUAAAAGUAAAGGUACAAUGAGUGACUACCUGAGGUCCGCUUUUAGUAAUUUCAGUUCAAAUUGGGGAAACACUGCCAAUGAUGAUGGAUCCCACAGAAAUGAUAUUGGAAAUGAGUUUGUUGGUCAGACAAUUAAUCUUAAAGGACAUCGUUUAAAAGUUGAACGUGUUGUAGCUGAGGGUGGAUUUGGUUUUGUCUUCAGUGUCCGGGAUCUUCAAAGUCAAGAACGUUAUGCAUUGAAGAGAUUAAUAGCUUCCGGAAAAGAGGCCCAGAAAGAGAUUGAAAAUGAAAUAGAAGUGUUAACCAGGCUACAACCUCAUCCUCAUAUCAUGAAAUUUAUCUCAUGGGGUUUAAUCAAUCCUAAUAUUUAUCUCAUAUUAAGUGAAUACUGUGGACGCGGAUGCCUCAAAGAUUUAACUCUCCCAUUAGAUAAUACUCCUCAAUUGAAUAAGAUACUUUACCAGACUGCCUUGGCUCUGGAGCAAAUGCAUCAAUUAAACAUCACUCAUCGUGAUCUUAAAAUUGAAAACAUUUUGUUUGACAAUUCGGGUUACGUUAAAUUGUGUGAUUUUGGCUCAGCGACAACAAAUUGUUAUCAACCUGAUCAUGGUUGGACUCCAAUUCAAAGAUCUCUUCUAGAAGAUGAGAUGACCAGGCAUACAACACCCAUGUAUCGGCCACCCGAAACUUUAGACACUUACCUUAAUUAUCCGAUCAAUACAGCAAUGGAUAUUUGGGCUUUCGGGUGUUUAACUUAUUGCAUUAAAUUUGGCCGUCAUCCGUUUGAAGAUUCAGCUAAAUUGCGAAUAAUUAAUUGUAAAUACACGAUUUCUCCCAAUAUUCCAGAUUCUGAUAUUCACCUUCAAAUAAUCAGAGAUUGUUUGAAAGUUGAUCCUCGGGAAAGAGUCGCUAUUGAUGAUAUAAUUAGUCUAUUGAAUAAAAAUUUUGUUGAUUUAGAUUCUCCUUGCGUCCGCUCACCCCAAUCAACACCUACAAAUCAACCUUCACCCUCACAUCAACCAUCAAAUCAACAAACAGCUCCACCACAUCCUGGCUCAGCUCAGCCCACAUUUGGCUUAUCAGGAUUUACUCGUUACCUUAAAGACACUUCAUCCAAGGUCAUGCAAACCGUUCAACAAUCUAUCGCAAAUGGACAGUUACGAAAAGGUGAAACCAAUACACCGGGUGAAGGUCAACCUUAUAAUAGAAGAGAAAAUAAUCCAACAACUCUUGGAGAUAAUGCACAAUUUAACAGGCGAGAAGGUAGUCGACCUGUUAGUAGUAAUGAUGAACGAAUUCUUAAUCGUGAAUCUGUAAACCGUCAUAGUGAUGGUUCAUAUCGAAGUCGAGAUCCUAAUAAUCCAAUAAUUGAUUCUCGACGAGACUCUGAUGGUUCUAAAUGUAAUCGAGCAAAUGAAAAUACAACUACUACUAGUAAUCGAGAUUCAAUUCCCAUUGGUGCUGAUGAGGUUUUCGCUCAUAAAGAAGCAAGUGCAGUUGGUGAUCUACUAAAUCUUAGCUUAGAUGAAAGUGAUCGUUGUCCAAGUGACAAUAUUAGCAAAAAUAAUAGUAAUCGAAAUAGUAAUAAUUAUAACAAUGGUAACAAUCAACAUUCCCUCAAUGAUUCCUUGUUUACAACCACAACUACAACUACAACCACGGGUUUGGAUGGAUCAUCAACUUCUGAUGGACACAUUGAUGAUGUUAAUCCAAGCACAUCUACUGGUACAUUUGAUCUCCUAAUUGAUCCAUCAACAUCAUCUAAUGGUGUUAAUGAAAAUUUAUCAGGUGUUGGAGGAGCUAAUUCCGCCUUCGAUCUUCUCAAUGAUAUAUUUAACUCAACUGAUAAAUCAACGUCACAAAAUCAAUCACAACAACAACAACAACACCAUCAAACAAAUUCAAUAUCACCCACCCAUCUACCCAAGCCUGAUCUACUUUUCCCCAGUCCAACUGCCACCUCCUCCAAUAAUAAUAAUAAUAAUCCAAAUCUGAUAAAUGCUUUCCCAGGUUUACAUCGAAACACAUCAACACCUAAUUUAACUCAACUUGAUCCUCUAAGUGAACUUGGUUCAUUUGUCAAUAAUCCUUCAAAUUUAACAACAUCCUCAUCAACCUCAUCAACAAAUCAAAAAUUAAAUCAAUCAACUAAUCAAGGUAGUGGUGGUACUGGUACAGGUAUACCUCGAGUCUCAUCAUGUUCAACUUUCCAACCUUUCCAUAAUUCAGCGACAAAUAAUGGUUCCAAUGCAAGUGGUAACUUUACUGGUUCAGUUAACAAUCAAGGAUAUAAACCUGAUUACAAUCGAGCCUAUUUUUCUGAAUCAUCUCAUGCAUCUAAUAGUGCAACUGGACCUCGAGUUACUGGAUUUGAAUUUGAAGAUUUACUUUCAGAUUUUCCCAAGCAACACAAAAAUGAACCUCAAAACAAAUCAUUGGCUGCAAUGAAAAAGCAAGAGAUGAUACGAGAAGGAAUCAGUCCAAUCGAAAUCAAAGUAAAUGAAUGGAAAGAAAAUAAGAAGAAAAAUAUUCGAGCUCUCCUUUCGUCCCUUCACACCGUCGUUUGGGAUGAUUGUAGUUGGCAACAAGCUGGAUUACAACAAUUAAUGAGCCACAAUGAUGUUAAAAAGAUGUACAGAAAGGCUUGUCUUGCCGUUCACCCUGAUAAGCUUGUUGGAAGUGAACAUGAACAAUUGGCUAAAUUAAUUUUCGUUGAACUUAACAAUGCAUGGACCGAGUUCGAGAAGCAAGAAAUUUUAAAACCAUUAUAAUUUAAUUAACCUUCCAACAAUUAAUACAAUUAUUUAAACGAAACGAUGAUCAUCAAACUUAACCAUCUCAACAUCAAUAUAUUUAAAAUACAUGAAAAACUGCAUCCAUCUCACACACACACUCUCAAUCAACAAUUGUUGCUUAAUUGUUGUCAAUUUUUUUCUCAACAAUUUAACAUCAAGUUUGAGAAUCAAACACCAAUUAAGUUGAUCAUCAUUAUCUUUUUUUUUGCUGUUUUUAAUCAUUCACCUUCUCUCUCUCUUUUCUUUGGUAUUACUCAUCCAUUCCUAGUUGAAUUAAACUCUCAACUAAUAGUUAAUUAUAAUUGCAACAAAUUGUCAACAAUUCCAGAAAAAAAUGUUGCCAUUUUGUUACAAUCAAUUGGAAAUAGUCAUUGAGGAAAAUUGAGAAACAAUCACAAGAUUUUCACCAAUCAACCAUACAAACUAAUUAUAUAUUUAGUUAAUUGUGCAAAGAUAGAGUUAAUUUCUCAUAUUCUUAUCUCGUAUUAAAACAAUUUACUAAAUAUAUAUUUAAUUAAUCAUUGAGAAUCAACAACAACAACAAAAAAAGCAAAUUUGGAAAACAAUUAAGUGAAAUUAUUUGUUUGCCAAAUUUAAGAUUAUUAUUAAUUAUAAAUAUAUACAUAAUAUGGAUCAAUAAUAUAUUUAUUUAAUUAUCUAAAUAGUUAAUUACUCAUUAUCUCUUGAUUGUCUCUCCAAUAAUUAAUCUUCAAUUUCUGUUCACAUAUUAAUACAAGAUUCAAAAUUGUUUUUCUCCUAAAUUUUUGUAAAUUUUCCUCUUAAUUAUUGUUUUUCUUUUCCUCUAAUUUAAUUGAUUCUCUAUUUUUCCAAUGUUAAUUGUUGUAUAAAAAUCAGUGUGUGUACUUACCCUCUGAUUACUGAUUAUCUAACCAACAAUUAAGAGCGCAACCAAAAUCUACAAUUAACUAAGUGAUAAAAACCUUGAAUCAUCUAUUCAUUUGUGUGUAUAGCUUUUUGUGUCCAUUUAAAAUUAAGCAAAUUAAUUAAAAUCAAACAAAAAGAGAAUCAAUAAUUUA